GAAAUUACUAGGUUUUCGUCCAUUCUUCUGCAAAGGUGAAUCAAUUCGUGGAAAUUGUUUCAGUUGUUCUGCUCGAUCCGGCGAAAAUCGCUAUUGCAGUUAUGGAGCCUCUGCAUCGAAACGAGAUUGUAGUUCCAGAUACACCCAGCGAUUCAUCUAUUUCGCCGGACAAGAAACGCACGAGGAUAAUUUAUCCAAACAAUGGACGAAGUGAUAAAGGUAAAAGACCAGUUUCAUUCCGUGCUGCUAGUCGUCUGACUGAAAAUGGCAUGACGCAUGAAUCAUCUCAUCCCAAACAAUACUCGAAGAAUGGAUGUAAAUUCGCUGCCAGAGAUUCAGUCGGGAAGGAAUACAUUGUUCUUGACGAGGAAAAUGGAAAGCAAACACCAAACAGAAUGAUACCUGUUGGGACUGCAUCGCAGACAGUAAAACCUAAAUUUGUAUCUUUGAACACAAGAACAACACUUGCUUCUUUUCAUGAUACAUUGUUGAAACUAAAUGAGGCACAGAAAAAUGCUGUUAGGGACAUUGGAUUUGGUCAUAUACUUGAUUUAAAGGUGAAGGACCUUCCUGGUAGGAUUGCAUACUGGGCAUUGAAAAGUUUUAACCCUAAAACUUGUGAGCUAGAAAUUAGUCCUACUUUUAGAGUUAAGGUUACGGUAGAUGAUGUUUAUCGUGUAUUUGGUGUGCCACAAGGAGAUAAAACAAUAAUACGAUUUGGGCGUCAUAUGAGUAGUGAUUUGUUUCAUGAAUGGGUUUCUUUCUUUGCUGUUGACAAUCGUGACAAAAUAAAGAUUGGACUUGUAUUGAAUGAAAUGGUUCGCUGCAAGAAUGGAGGCAUUUGGUUUAAGAGGCAUUUCAUGAUUGCCAUGUGCUUCUCCUUGUUUGAGAGCUUUUCGAAUGGAACUGUCCACCCACACAUUCUAUCUACUCUAUUUGAUGUUGAGAAUCUUGAUAAAUGGGAUUGGGCAGAAUACAUGAUAAGGAGUUUGGUAGAGAAUAGAGAGACAUGGGGUGGAUAUGAUUCAAAGAUGUAUAUAGGUCCAUCAUUAUUUUUGGUGCUUUUUUAUGUUGAUCGUAUCAACAUAACCGGCGCCAUAACCAGCAGACUAUUCCCAAUUAUGUUGAACUGGUCUAGCAAUGAUUUACGGGAACGCCAGAAAAUUGAAAGCACUCGUCCUAAAUUUGGAAUAGGGAAGUUGCGUGAGUCUCUUAAAUUGCCGUCUAGGUAUAUUUCCAAGAGUAAACAGACAGUAAGUUGUGGAUUGGCAUCAAGGGUAGUUGAUGAAUUUGUUGUAUCCAAGAAACUAGUUGAGGAUGCUAAGAAUAUAGCAGAUAGAAUGAAUGCAUUAACCAUUCUUGCAAACAGUGCUUCACUGAAGGAGAAACAAUCCAAAACCUUUAAGGAUAGUGUUGAAGAGGUGUUCAAACUCAUUGGUUUUCGUUUGGUUGUAAAAUCUGAAAGUCCGAAAGCUGUUGUAGUGGAUUUGGAUGAUGAUUUAGUUUACCCAGAUGAGUUUUAUGUUUGGAUGGAUGCUACUACCUCAAAAGCAAUAUCUAAAAAGAAGAUAAUUAACCGAAAAGAACUAGAUAUCCCAAGUUUUGAUCUGUGUGAUGUGGACGAACAAGUUGUAUUUAACAGUGAGGUCCCUGGAUCGUUGGUCACGCUUCCUUCUUCUAGUAAAAGCAGUUCAUAUCAGAUUAAGUUUGGUGAUUCAAAGAUAUCAGGAAAUCAAGGAUAUUAUACGCCACAGAAGACAGCUCAUGGAAAUAAGAGUAAGAAUGUUCUUAAUCCGUUGGAUACAAAUAUUAUAAACUUACCAUUUGAUGUUUCUGGAUCAUUGGACACGCCUCUUUCUUCAAGAAAAACAAGUUCACAUCAGUACAUUAUUAUAUGA